GGCACCAACUGAGAUCGCCAGGACUUUCCACUAAAGGACAUCUAUAUUCAGUGAGAGGGGGGUAACACUGUGCGUCCCUAAGCCGGGUCCCGGUGUCCCGGGACAUCAGGCGGGUGGCACUGCUGAAGUUUCUCUCGGUAGGGGACUGCCCUCCCGUUGCCCGGUACCCUGCCCCGGAGAUGUACCAGGGUUUGGCCAAUCCCUCGCCGUACACGGCGCACCCUGACCCGGUCGGGGCUUUCCUGCACUCAGCCAGUUCCGCCGUCUACGUCCCCGGCACCAGGAUGACCAGCGGGCUCUCGGGUUUUUCUUACCUGCAGGGCGGCUCCCCCCAACAAGGCAGCCCGGUGUCGCCGCACCCAUCUUGGGCUCAGACGCAGGCUCAGGCGGCGAGCAGCGAGCCUUCGUGCAGCCGCAACCAUGGUUCCUACUCUUCCAGCCCGCCCAUCUCCAGCGGAACCCCCGCCUUCAGCAGCCCUCUGUCCAUCUCCUCGGCCGCCGCCGCCGCUGCCGCCGUGCGGGACCAGGUCAGCAUCAGCUGGACCCUCAGUGGCUCCUUCCCCAAUCACUACCCACAGUACCUGAGUUCAGAGGCGGCUACUGCCUGGAGUUCGGCUCCCAUGGACAAUCCUGCCUUCAGUUUCAUCCCGGCUCGCAGGCACGGCGAAGAUCUACUUGAUGACGUCCUUGAAGGCCGGGAGUGCGUGAAUUGCGGUGCCAUGUCUACUCCACUGUGGCGGAGAGAUGGAACUGGCCACUAUCUGUGCAAUGCCUGUGGACUCUAUAACAGAAUUAACGGGAUUAAUCGACCUCUUAUCAAACCUCUCAAACGGCUGUCUGCAUCUCGGAGAGAGGGCCUCUCCUGCUCCAACUGUCACACCACUACCACCACCCUGUGGCGGCGCAACGCGGAGGGAGAACCCGUGUGCAACGCCUGCGGGCUCUACAUGAAACUCCACGGGAUACCGCGACCUUUAGCAAUGAAAAAAGAGGGUAUUCAGACCAGGAAGCGGAAACCAAAGAAUGUGAACAAGGACACAUCUUCCGCUGCUCCCUUUUCAAGUUUGCCAUCCACCCCUACUAGUACUUCUGCUGGUGCGUUAGAGCUUAUCACACCAAAGACCGAGCCUGGCCUUUACUCACCUGCAUGCAGGGCCCAGAGGUUUAACACUCAGGAUACUUUAGGGGCAGGUGGCAAUUGUCUUCGCUUCAGCAUUCCAGCUUUGAAACUGACAAACUCAAGUGAACCAAGCACUAGUAGAGAAUCCAAGGAAGGCAAGUCCUACUCCUUCGGCAGCAUGGAGAUGGUCUGACACCAGCGAGACCACUACCGCCACAAAUCUCUCAAAGCUACAAUUUCACUGAUGGAGUUUGCAACUGAGAUUCAUUUUUAUCUUAAAGGAAAACUGGAAAUGAUAAAGAAGAUAAAAGAAUGCCAGGAAGAAAAAUCAAAUGGAAUGCUGGGUCAUAUCAUGUUAUAAUUUAAAAGAGUGAGUGUUGCAAAAAUGAUGUCUUAUUGCUAAGGCUUAACACUGCCUAAAUUCCUUGUAGGUGACCUUGGCGCAAUCCUGAUCCAACAUUAUUUGUAAUUAAGUGCCUUUUAUGGAUCACCAUUUGCUGUAUAUCUCUAACUUUCCACUUGAAAUGGAUAUAUUUGGAGUGUGCUCCCUGGACAGUUGCACAUUUGGAACAGUUUGAACAGAUCUUGCCUCUGGUAAAAGUGCGUUUGCAUUUCUUUGGGAAAUUAUUUUUUCUUAAUGUAAGUAGUUCUUGUAUUAUGGAUGGUUCAGGCUAAUAAUAAAAUGCAACUUAAUAAAUUUA